AUGCCUCAAGGACUGCAGCCCUGCUUGCACACGGCUCUUCUGGCAUGCGAGGAGACUGCUCUGUCUGGCGUGCAGGUGAAGACACAGAGGCAAGCGGAGGAGGCAUUAGGAGCCACAGAUGACGAAAUCCAGAGCCUCCAAGGACAGCUACGUGAGCUCCAGGAAGUCCUCCAUGCUCUGAGGUGGAGCACAAAGGACAUUGCCCGGCGUGCUCUCAGCGAGGCGGUGAAGCUGAUGGAGCUGCCGGGCAUGACAGGAGCGGAUGUUCAAAAGAUAAUCGAUGAAGCUUUGGAGAAGCUGGAAUAUAACCAGGUCCAGUUGCCGGAUUUUGCCCGCAAAUCAUCAGGGGCUACCGUCAUCCAUUCCAAGACUUCUGCCUCCUUCCGCAACACCAGAGGAAUACUCUCCUGGGCUGGGCUUCCAUUGCUGCACGCCAUGAAGUCUCCCGAGGUUAUCCUGGAGCCCGAAAAUCAUCCGGGAAACUGCUGGUCUUUCCCCGGGAGCCAGGGUCAUGUCUUCAUCAGGCUGCCUAAAGCAAUCUUUCCCCGCGCUGUAACUCUGGAACAUAUUUCCAUGAGAGUGUCACCUGGGGAAAACAUCUCCAGUGCCCCAAGGGACUUUGCUGUCUAUGGGAUGAAGGCAGAAAAUGAGGAGCAGGGGCUGUUCCUAGGAGAGUUCACCUACAUGGCUGCAGAACAUCCCUUUCAGACUUUCCAGCUGAAGAACGAGCGCUCUGACUCCCUGCAGUAUGUGAAGCUGAAGGUGCUGAGCAACUGGGGCCACCCGGAAUACACGUGUGUGUAUCGAUUCAGGGUCCACGGUGAUGCAGUACCCAGCGAAGAGGAGUCUGCCUGGUAUUCUGCUGGAAAGAACAGGCUGUCCUGA